AGAAAGUGUGCCGGAUGAGCAUGCAGACGACGUGUGGUUCCGAUACGGAGCAAUUGCCCUUGUGUAUAUAAAGUUACUUAUUUCUCUGUAUAUAUAUAACAUGAGCUCCUGAGAAUUAUCUGUGACUCCAGAUUUUAAGUAACUGAAUACUUAUAAUGGCUAAGCAUAUUGCGCAGUUGAUUGUUGCUGGUGCACAGGUAGUUGGGAGAGCCUUCGUCAAGGCUUUGCGGCAGGAGAUUGCAGCAAGUCAAGCAGCAGCGCAGAGAGCGGGAGGGGGAGCCGCAGGUGCCAAGCAUUCGGCAACCAACCAGAAGCUGGGGAUGAGCCUAGAGGAGGCCAAGCAGAUUCUCAACGUUGAGGAGCUUGACCUUGAGAAGGUGCAGAAGAAUUACGAGUAUCUAUUCAGCAUUAACGACAAAAGCAAAGGCGGAUCCUUUUAUAUUCAGAGCAAGAUUGUGCGAGCAAAGGAAAGGAUAGACUCAGAGAUGGAAAAUAUUCAAGAAAGUAAAGUAAAAGAAGAAACAAAGAAGGGAAAUGACACUUGAAAUUUAAAAUGUGUUUAAGGUUAUAUUUUUUAUUUGGUAAUUAUAAGGUAAAAAAAAUUAUUGCAGGUAACUCGGCAAUUAGUUUGAAUGAAAUGGUUCACAAUUGUCUGCAGAUGUUUCAAAAGCUAGAAAUCAUCAUUAAUUCCUUCUGAUAUAUUGUUAUUUACAGCCUUAAUAAAAGGAUUACUCAUGUGUUGUAUAUUUUUUAGGUAUAUUUGUUGAUAUAGCCAAUAUAUUAGAUUGCUGAUGAGCAUCCUUCCAUGUGAGAAAUGUAAUUAACAGCAGAAUGUAAAUAAAAUUAAUUUUGUUACCAAA